AUGUUUCGACAGAUCUGGGUGCAUCCAGAAGACCGAAGGUAUCAACAGAUUCUGUUCCGAACAGAUCCAUCGGAGUCGGUCCGCAUUUAUCAGCUUAAAACCGUUACCUACGGAUUAGCUAGCUCGCCGUUCCAUGCAACACGCGUUCUGAAUCAAUUGGCUAUUGACGAAGGAGAACGCUUUCCGUUAGCAGUCCCCGUGAUAAGGAAAGGGACUUAUGUGGACGAUGUACUCACCGGCCAUGACGACAUGAAUCUACUUGCCGAGACUUGUCGGCAGUUAAUGGAAAUUCUGAAAACAGCAGGCCUCGUGCUCAGAAAAUGGGCAACAAAUGACACAUCCGUCCUCAGUUACGUACCUCGUCAAUUGUGGGAAACCAAACCAGAACUCGAAAUAGAUCGCACACCUACAGUCAAGACCCUAGGAUUACUUUGGUUGCCCCAAUCAGACACAUUUCAGUUCAAGAUCCCAGAUCUGCCGCAGCUGCAAGUCGCGACUAAACGCCUCGUCGUAUCCGAAAUGUCGCAAUUAUUUGACCCUCUUGGUCUUCUCGGACCUGUAGUGGUUAAAGCUAAAAUGUUAGUCCAAGUCCUUUGGGCAGAGCACUGGUCGUGGGACGAUCAACUGUCCAAAGAACACGCUUCCUCGUGGGCAACCUAUCGCUCGGAGCUCAACCAGCUACAAGCACUCUCCGUACCGCGCAGAGCAGUCAAGAAUCGACAAUACAGUUUGCACUGCUUCUGCGAUGCAUCGAAAGUAGCAUAUGGCUGCUGCAUCUACGUCGUCUCAACUGACGAAUUCGGACAAUGCCACAGUCAUCUACUGACAGCCAAAUCUCGUGUCGCUCCAUUACGUGGGCAGUCAAUUCCUCGACUUGAACUGUGCGCCGCUCUGCUCGGUAGCCAGUUGGCUGACACUCUUCGGAGGGAAACCGAUUUCGUCGAAUCACCAACGUUUUGGGUGGACUCCAGUAUUGUUCUGCACUGGCUGAAAUCUCAGUCGAAUGUCUGGAAAGUCUUCGUAUCGAACCGAAUCGCAGAGAUCCAGCGCCUAACCAAUGGCUCCAAGUGGAGGCAUGUCCCAUCGGAACUGAAUCCAGCUGAUCGUAUUUCUCGAGGAAUGAUGGCAAGUCAGAUCUCGAAGGACGAUUUGUGGUGGCAUGGACCAAGUUUUCUCAAGGACCCCGUCGACAGUUGGCCCGAGUGUGUGGUUUCGACGCCGGAUGCUCAUCAUUUGCAGCAAGAAGCUUGUCCAGUGCACUCUAUGCACAGUACUAUUGUCGACUCAACAAUCUUUGAUCGUUUUUCGGACCUAGCCAAGCUGGUGCGGGUAGUAGCACGAUGCUAUCGAUUCUUUAACAAUGCCAAACUCCCUCGAAAUGAUCGCAUCGAUGGUACACUGAACCCCGAAGAAGGUGAACAUGCACUCAAGAUCCUCGUCCGACAAGCCCAACUGGAUAAUUUCCCUAUGGAAGUUCGUCAUUAUAGCCGCAUCCAAGGUGCACAAGCUGCUACAGUUUUGCCAAUGUCGAAGUCACCACUCAAGGACCUGAAGUUGUUCAUGGAUCAGUUUGGAUUGCUCAGACUUUGCGGAAGACUUGCGAACAUGAAGACCUGCUUUGACACUCGCUUUCCGAUACUGCUCCCAGCUGAUCACCGACUCAGUUGGCUCAUCGCCCGAUCGUGCCAUAUUCGAACACUUCACGGCGGUCCCACGCUCACACUCGCAACCAUUCGUCAGCGAUUCUGGCCAGUCCGGGGUCGACAACUAGCACGCAAAGUGGUACGUCAAUGUGUUACCUGUUUCCGGUGUCAACCACGACUAGCUCAACAAAUAAUGGCACCUCUUCCAUCUGUUCGCGUGUCACCUGCUAGACCGUUCAUACACUCGGGGAUGGAUUACUGUGGACCGUUUUUCGUACGUCCGUUAAGUGGUCGGGGCGCGUCGGUAAAAGUGUACGUCGGACUAUUCGUGUGCCUCGUGGUUAAAGCUGUGCACCUUGAAGUCGUCGCAGAUUUGUCCUCCGUUGCCUGCAUAAACGCCGUCAAACGUUUCGUGGCUCGUCGCGGUCGUGUGCUCGAACUACAUUGCGACAACGCGACUGCUUUCGUCGGAGCAGACCGAGAACUUCGCACAAUGCGAGACGAGUUUCGUCGUCAAUUUCGGUCCAUAGACUGGGAAAACUUCUGCUUGGAAAGUGGAAUAAAAUUUCGCUUCAUCCCGGCUCGUUCGCCACACUUUGGCGGUAUCUGGGAAGCCGGAAUAAAAUCCUUCAAGCACCACUUUCGGCGCAUCAUGGGCAACCGCUCAUUCUCCGUGGACCAGCUCCAAACCGUCGUUGCCCAGAUCGAAUCGGUGCUCAAUUCCCGUCCUCUUUCUCCGCUUACAGAUUCUCCUGACGAUUGUACCGCUUUAACUCCUGGUCACUUCCUGGUUGGCGAACCCCUCGUUGCCAUCCCGGAGCCCGACCUGAUCGACAUCAAUCCGAAUCGUCUGUCUCGUCUACAGGAGAUGCAAAAAUCGGUCCAAGAUCUCUGGCGUUGCUGGCAACGGGACUACGUCAGUCAACUUCAGCAGCGAGCAAAGUGGAAACAGCCACAGUCUGAUGUCCGCGCUGGUCAGCUAGUGCUUGUCAAGCAAGCGAACGUACCCCCGUUCCAAUGGCCAUUGGGGCGGAUUGUCGACACUGUAGUAGGCAAAGAUGGAAGAGUUCGGGUAGUCAUUGUCAAGACUGUCUCCGGACAAUACAAGCGAGCGGUCACUGAGAUCGCUGUCCUUCCUGCAGAAUCCACCGAAGAUGACAACAAGGCAGACAGCAUGGUUGCUAGAUCGUGA